AUGGGUGGUGGCCGAAGAUCGUUUCUGCAGGGGGUGGUGCGAGUGAUUCUUGGGAGAGGCUAUACAGCCAAGUCCGCUUAUGAAGUUAUUAAAGAACAAGCAAGUGAGGCAACGGAGGUGGCGGAGGAAAUAGAUACGAGUUCGAAGGUGUGGAAGAUCCCUAUCCCAAACAAAGUCAAGCUCACCGCGUGGAGAUUUUUGAAGAACAGAAUACCGACGUGUGACAAUCUAUUGAGAAGAAACAUGACGUUGAGUGAAGUCGAAGUGGGAUGCAACGCCUGCUUUCAUCGUCAAGAAUCCAUGAAGCACGUGUUGCUCCAUUGCCCGAAGCCGUCAAAGGUAUGGGAAGCAAUUUUUCAAUGGCUUGGAGUUUGUGUGGCACAGCCACAAGAUGUGCCUGCGCAUUUUCAGUUUUUUAGUGGUUUGAGUAGUCGAAAAAGAAAUAAGAAGUUUUUGAUGGCUUUGUGGUGUUGCACUACUUGGCUCAUUUGGAAAAUGCGUAAUGAGAGUAGAUUUGAGAACAAAACGUGGGAGAGUGCAAAUGUGAUUGGAGAAGUCAAAGCUAGAGUGUGGAGUUGGGGUAGAAUUUUUGGUUUUGUUGAUGAAGGUGUUGGGAUUCAUCGAUGGAUGUCGAAUGAUGAAUCUCCGCUGAGUUUGUAA